AUGACAAUUAGGCUCGUUACCUUCGACGCCCUGCACACGCUCUUGACACCGCGUUCACCAAUAUAUGCUCAAUAUUCGGACACAUUUGCUCCAUACAUUGGCGUCCUCAAUCCACACUCUCUAAAGCUGUCCUUCAAGGCUGCCUUGAAACACGUACAGAGCACUAACCCUGUGUACCAAGGAGACGACGGUGUCCGAGGAUGGUGGACUGAUGUCAUUAGACGCACGGCUGUCGGUGCUGGGGCAGAUGCACAAGCCGUAGAGGAUUCACUCCCUCACAUCGUCCCAAGGCUUCUGUCUCGCUUCAGUUCCAAGGAAGGCUACAAACUAUUCGAUGAUUCUCUUCCUGUACUGCGCGAGCUGCAUCGAAUGAACAUCCGCACGGCUUUGGUUAGCAAUACUGAUUGUCGUAUGCGUUCGGUGCUGGAAGAUCUGGAAGUGCUCCCUUACUUGAAUCCAGUCCUUCUUAGCGAAGAAACAGGGGUCGAGAAACCCGCUGCCGAAAUAUUCCUUCGAGCUUGUAAAACAGAGGCAGUGAAUGUCAUAGACAGCGUGCAUGUUGGAGAUGAACUGGACUGCGAUUAUCACGGCGCCCGUGCUGCCAAUAUGCACGCGUUGUUGAUUCGAAGGCCAGGUCCGGAUGGAGAAGGGGAAAGGAAAGAGGAAGGAGAGAAUCUGGACGGCGUGACUGUCAUAGAUGGUCUCUGGGGCGCAAUCGAAUGGAUAAAGCGGAAAAAUGCUGACAGGACAAAAAUAAGUACAACAGGGUAG